GUAGAAGUACUUUUACACAUUGCACCUUUUUGUUUGAUGGUUUUAACAUGACUAUUAUUUUAAAAAUUGGAUCAUAUGAAUUGUAAUGUGUUCCACGUUUAAUUUUGAUUAAGAUUUAAAAUUUUAAGUAAUAAUGUAGGAUUUUGAUUUUAUAGAUUUUACAUUUACACCUUUGAAAACUAAUUCUUCCGGAAUAAUUUAUUAUAUCAAAGUUUAUAUUUUAUAAACAAUGGUUGAAGAAAAAUUAGAUGCAGGAAAAUCUCAAGCUCAUCCUAUUGAAAACGAUGAGGUAAAUGUUGAUAUGAAUUCUGAAGGUGAAUUAAAAAAAUUAAAUUCAGAGGAUGAAUGGAUAGAUAUACUUGGAAAUGGUCAGUUAAGAAAAAGGGUUAUAAAAGAAGGUGUUAAAAAUUCACGUCCCACUAGAGGAGAUACUUGUAUAAUAAAUGCUAUUGGAAGACUUGAUGAUGGAACAAUUGUUGAACAACAUGAGGAAUUUAAUUUUCAACAAGGAGACGUUGAAGUUAUUCAGGGAUUGGAUUUGGCGGUGGCUUUAAUGGAUGUUGGUGAGGAAGCAGAAAUUGAAAUUGCUUCGAGAUUUGCUUAUGGAACUAUUGGCGAGAAACCUAACAUUCCUUCAAAUGUUACACUUCGAUAUAAUGUUAAACUUGUUUCUGUUGAAAUGGAAACGGAACUCGAAUCAUUAACAGUCAAUGAAAGAAAAAGAAUAGGGAAUAGAAAACGAGAACGUGGCAAUUGGUGGUUUUCAAGAAACGAACCAGCUCUUGCAAUGCAGUGCUAUCGUCGUGCUUUAGAUUUUCUAUCGCCAACAAAAUCUGAAACAUCUUUCAGUGAAGACGGUGUCGAGAAAACAGAAUCAGAUGCCGAUCUACAAGCCUUAUUGGAAGAUAGAUUGACAGUUUACAAUAAUUUGGCACAAGCUCAAUUAAAAACACAAGCUUAUGAAGCUGCACUGAAAAGUGUGGAAAAUGUUUUAUCAUGUCAACCAAAAAAUAUAAAGGCUCUAUUUCGAAAAGGUAAAAUUUUACACUUAAAAGGUGAACAUUCUCAGGCAUAUUCGAUUUUGUUUCAAGCACAAAAAUUAGAUCCCGAAAAUAAAGCUAUUCAACGUGAACUAUCGAUUAUAAAAGAAAAGAGUGUGAAGGAUGUUCAAAAGGAAAAAAAUAUGUAUCGUAAAAUGCUUGGAACAAAACAGGAAAUUGAUAUUGAUAAAAAUUUUAAGAAUGAAAGUAAAAUAAAAUCAAGUUCUAUAGCAUGGGGUUUAAUUGGUGGAACAAUUGUCGCAACAGUUGGUGUGAUUGCCUACAAAUUUAUUUCCUGAGUAUAUUUUUUAAAAAAACCGUAAAAGUUGGUAAUGGAAAAACAAUUUUUUUUUUUUUAAUUAGUUGACACAAGGGGAUCCUGAUGUUUGUCAAUACUCAUUGAUUUUCCCUGUAAUAAUAAAAAAAAGAAUAUUUGGUCACUUUUAUAAUCCUGUUGAUUGUUAUAAUAAAAGUUAUGUUCACUGUUGAA